AUGAGCAGCCUGAGAGAUCUCCUCCUGGCAUUCAACAACUUCACCGGCGAGCUCCCACAAGACCUGGGUCUGAACACGACGCAUGGACUUGUUCGGGUUGACGUUAUGGGGAACCACUUCCAUGGCACAAUCCCACCUGGUCUCUGCACCGGAGGUCAGCUCGCCAUUCUUGACCUUGCAUUGAACAGAUUCAGUGGGAGCAUUCCAAGUGAGAUCAUCAAGUGUCAGUCUCUGUGGAGAGCCCGUCUUGCAAACAACCUGUUCAAUGGCAGUUUACCUUCAGAUUUGGGGAUAAACACUAGCUGGUCAUACGUGGAAUUGGGUGGCAAUCAGUUUGAGGGCAGGGUACCAAGUGUGCUCGGUCCAUGGCGGAACCUCACAGUGCUUGAUCUGUCUCGGAACAGCUUCUCUGGUCCCAUACCACCUGAGCUCGGUGCUCUAACCCUUCUUGGCAACCUGAACCUGUCGUCGAACAAGCUGUCCGGACCAAUACCACAUGAGUUGGGAAGCUGCAAGAGACUCGUCCGUCUGGAUCUUCAGAAUAAUCUUCUCAAUGGAAGCAUACCUGCAGAUAUCAUAUCACUCAGCAGCCUGCAGCAUCUUGUACUCAGUGGAAACAAGCUCAGUGGAGAAAUUCCAGACGCCUUCACCUCAACGCAGGGCCUCCUUGAGCUGCAGCUUGGCGACAACUCUUUGAAAGGAGCUAUCCCUUGGAGCUUAGGCAAGCUCCAGUUCAUCUCUCAGAUCAUAAACAUCAGCAGCAACAUGUUGAGUGGCACGAUCCCAAGCAGCCUCGGCAAUCUUCGGAUUCUGGAAAUGCUUGACCUGUCAGAGAACUCCUUGUCUGGCCCGAUCCCACCGCAGCUGAACAACAUGAUCUCGCUCUCUGCGGUGAACGUGUCGUUCAAUCAGCUCUCUGGUCUGCUCCCUGCUGGCUGGGCUAAGCUUGCAGAACGGUCUCCGGAGGGGUUUCUGGGAAAUCCUCAGCUAUGCAUACAGUCUGAAAAUGCACCUUGCUCCAAGAAUCAGUCUAGGAGGCGUAUAAGAAGGAACACACGGAUCAUUAUAGCACUGCUACUGUCAGCUCUGUCUGUCAUGGCUUCUGGGCUGUGUGCAAUUCACUACAUGGUGAAGAGGUCACGGCGGCGCCUGUUGGCAAAACAUGUCUCGGUGCGUGGCCUGGACACGACGGAGGAAUUGCCUGAAGACCUGACCUAUGAUGACAUCCUUCGUGCCACUGACAACUGGAGCGAGAAGUAUGUGAUUGGAAGAGGCCGGCAUGGAACAGUCUACCGGACAGAGCUUGCUCCCGGAAGGCGGUGGGCGGUCAAAAUGGUGGACCUGUCCCAGAUCAAAUUCCCCAUCGAGAUGAAGAUUCUCAACAUGGUGAAGCACCGGAACAUCGUCAAGAUGGAGGGCUAUUGCAUCCGCGGCAACUUCGGCGUGAUUCUGUCCGAGUACAUGCCUGAAGGAACGCUCUUUGAGCUAUUGCAUGGAAGAAAACCUCAGGUGGCUCUCGACUGGAAGGUUCGGCAUCAGAUCGCGCUUGGCGCGGUGCAGGGCUUGUCCUACCUGCACCAUGACUGCGUGCCGAUGAUUGUUCAUAGAGAUGUCAAGUCAAGAAACAUACUGAUGGAUGCGGAUUUGGUGCCUAAAAUCACAGACUUCGGCAUGGGGAAGAUUGUAGGCGAUGAGGAUGCAGAUGCGACGGUGUCAGUUGUUGUUGGCACCCUUGGCUACAUUGCUCCAGAGCAUGGAUACAACACAAGACUGACCGAGAAGAGCGACGUCUACAGCUACGGUGUGGUGCUGCUCGAGCUCCUGUGUAGGAAGAUGCCGAUAGAUCCUGCUUUCGGAGACGGCGUUGACAUUGUGGCAUGGAUGAGACUGAACCUGAAGCAUGCUGAUUACUGCAGCGUGAUGAGCUUUCUAGAUGAGGAGAUAAUGUACUGGCCUGAAGAUGAGAAGGCAAAGGCGCUGGACUUGUUGGAGUUGGCGAUUUCCUGCACUCAGGUUCACGUUGUAACAAACCAGACCGAGAUUUGUGGUAGACUGCGUCCUUCCUAG